AUGCGACCUACUAGACCAACUACAAGACCUACUACUGCACGACCAACUACAAGACCUACUACUGCACGACCAACUACAAGACCUACUACUGCACGACCAACUACAAGACCUACUACUUCACGACCAACUACAAGACCUACUACUGCACGACCAACUACAAGACCUACUACUGCACGACCAACUACAAGUCCUACUACUGCCCGACCAACUACAAGACCUACUACUGCACGACCAAAUACAAGACCUAUUACUGCACGACCAACUACAAGACCUACUAGACCAACUACAAGACCUACUACUGCACGACCAACUACUAGACCUACUAGACCAAAUACAAGACCUACUACUGCACGACCAACUACAAGACCUACUACUGCACGACCAACUACAAGACCUACUACUGCACGACCAACUACUAGACCUACUAGACCAACUACAAGACCUACUACUGCACAACCAACUACUAGACCUACUACUGCACGACCAACUACAAGACCUACUACUGCACGACCAACUACAAGACCUACUAGACCAACUACAAGACCUACUUCUGCACGACCAACUACAAGACCUACUAGACCAACUACAAGACCUACUACUGCACGACCAACUACAAGACCUACUGCUGCACGACCAACUACUAGACCUACUACUGCACGACCAACUACUAGACCUACUAGACCAACUACAAGACCUACUACUGCACGACCAACUACUAGACCUACUAGACCAACUACAAGACCUACUACUGCACGACCAACUACAAGACCUACUACUGCACGACCAACUACAAGACCUACUACUGCACGACCAACUACAAGACCUACUACUGCACGACCAACUACAAGACCUACUACUGCACGACCAAAUACAAGACCUAUUACUGCACGACCAACUACAAGACCUACUAGACCAACUACAAGACCUACUACUGCACGACCAACUACUAGACCUACUAGACCAACUACUAGACCUACUACUGCACGACCAACUACAAGACCUACUACUGCACGACCAACUACAAGACCUACUACUGCACGACCAAAUACAAGACCUAUUACUGCACGACCAACUACAAGACCUACUAGACCAACUACAAGACCUACUACUGCACGACCAACUACUAGACCUACUAGACCAACUACUAGACCUACUACUGCACGACCAACUACAAGACCUACUACUGCACGACCAACUACAAGACCUACUACUGCACGACCAACUACAAGACCUACUACUGCACGACCAACUACAAGACCUACUACUGCACGACCAACUACUAGACCUACUAGACCAACUACAAGACCUACUACUGCACGACCAACUACAAGACCUACUACUGCACGACCAACUACAAGACCUACUACUGCACGACCAACUACAAGACCUACUACUGCACGACCAACUACAAGACCUACUACUGCACGACCAACUACAAGACCUACUACUGCACGACCAACUACAAGACCUACUACUGCACGACCAACUACAAGACCUACCAAACCAACAACAAUUAAAAGUUACAUCAGUUACAUGGGUCAUCAUUGUCAUAUUGGACGUAAACGAAAUGCAUAA